AUGUCCCGCUCCAGCGAAGGCUACCUCUGGACCCCCAAACAAGCCACCACAGGCCUACCCACCGACGCCAUCCACCCCAGCACCCCCACCCUCCUCACCCACUACGACGUGAUCGUAAUCGGGGCCGGGUUCGCGGGGCUGAUUGCAGCCCGCGACCUAAGCAAGAAGCACCAUCUUUCCGUCCUGCUCCUGGAAGCACGGGACCGCAUCGGCGGCCGAACAUGGACAGCCAAGGUGCUGGGCGAAGAGAUCGAAAUGGGCGGGACCUGGGUCCACUGGAACCAGCCGCAUCUGUAUGCCGAGCUGCAUCGGUACGGGUUGCACCGGAACCUGAAGACAUCUGCGGGGGCGUUCGCGCCUGUUAAUCAGUGGUUCAAGUCGUCGUCCAGCAGUGGCAUUGUGGAAAAGGUGUCUGUUGAGGAGUAUCAAGCUACGCUUGAGCGGGUUGCGGGGAGAUUCUUCGCCAUUGAUGGGCUGGAUAGUCGUGCGUUGAUGCCGUAUCCGCAUGAUUCGCUGAGAGAGCCGGCACGGUGGAAGAGGUAUGAUUAUCUUAGUGUGGGGGAGCGGUUGGAAAUGUCGGAUUUGGAUGGGUUGUCGGUGUGGGAGAAGGAGUUGUUUGCGUCGAAUGUUAGUACCUUUGGGAGUGCGCCGGUGAAGGAUAUUGGGUUUGUGGAGGCGUUGCGGUGGUUCGCGCUGGGAGGGCAUACAAUGGCUGGGGUGUUUGAGUUGGCGGGGGUGUAUAAGUUGGGGAGUGGGGGGAUGACGGCUUUUGCGAGGGCGGUUUUGGGGGAGUUUACUGGCCAUGUUUGCUUUGGAGCGGUUGUUGAGAGGAUUAAUCAUGGUCGUGAGAAGGUGGAGGUUGUUAUGAAGGAUGGGAGGGUUGGGGCUGGGGCGGUGGUGUCGACGAUUCCGCUGAAUUGCCUCACUGAUAUUCAGUUCAACCCCCCACUAUCCCCCCUCAGACAAGCCGCUAUCGCAAAGGGCCAUAUCAACAAAGGCGCAAAGAUCCACUUUAAGCUUCGCGAAACCCUACCGGGCUGGUUUUUCACUGCGCAUGAUGGCAGUGACUCGAACUUUGUCUUUGCGUUCUCAGACCACAAUGGAACCCGACCAACAGGUCCGUCCGGCACCUGGUGUAUUGGGUUCGGAUACAAUGGUCAACUUACCGAUAAGCAGGAUAGUGAACAUAUCUUGCAGAGGUUCAAGCGUGAUGUUAACCCGGAUGUUACUGUUGAUGCCUAUGCUACCCAUGACUGGAUGAAUGACCCGUAUGCGAAAGGGGCUUGGGCGUGCUGGGGACCAAACACUGCGUCGGAGUACUUGGAGGAGCUUCAGAAGCCGCAUGGACGGGUUGUGUUUGCGAGCGCGGAUUGGGCGGAUGGGUGGAGGGGGUUUGUGGACGGUGCGAUUGAGAGGGGACAGGCUGCUGUGGGGGACGUUUUGAGGGUGUUGGAGGGGAGGGAGGGGAGGGCUAGGUUUCAUCAGGUAUCUACAUCUUCAACACAGGCUACAAAUGCAACAUCAGUGCUCUCUCUAAUCACCUAA